GGACCUUCCAUAAAAAUUGACCAGAAAGAAGAGGAGAGAGGGGAGUGGGUCCAAUUAUCGGCCAAAAAGCUUCGUCGCAUUUCCAGCUUCGUCAUUAUCCUCCAAUUUACAUUUUUCUUUCUUUCUUCUCUCCCGAAUUAAAAGAAACAUAAGAGAGUAAACUGUGAAAGUUUUAAUUGAAGGAGAUAGAGUGGAAUCUCGUCGAUGUUUAUUUUUGUUUAAAAAUAUAUCAAAUCGAUGUUCAUUACCGGUUAGAGAAAAAAAAGAGUGAUAAAGGAACACCGAUGAAUUUUCUUUGUGGAAUAUAUAGAUGAUCGAUCGAGAAGCUUUGCAUUUUUGAAAUGGAGAUUGUUUUAAAUCGAUGAAGUGUUUCGGUUUUGUUGUGAAUCUGAGUGCCAGAUCGGUUCGUUGAUGCAUUGAGUUUGCUUUUUAUUUUAUUUCGUGAGGUGGAAUCGUUUUUUUUUUUUGAGACAACGAUGAACAACGGCGGCGCUGAAGCAGCCGUGGCUCCGGUGGGAGGGCCACAACCACUGGAGUGGAAAUUCUCGCAGGUGUUCGGAGAGCGAACUGCCGGAGAGGAAAUACAGGAUGUUGAUAUCAUCUCCGCUAUUGAAUUUAAUAGAACUGGAGAUCACCUUGCUACUGGAGAUCGAGGAGGUCGGGUGGUUUUGUUUGAAAGGACAGACACUCUAGAUCAUGUUGGGCAACGGAGAGAUCUAGAGAAGAUGGAUUAUCCAAUUAAUAGGCACCCUUUAUUUCGCUAUAAAACAGAGUUUCAGAGCCAUGAACCUGAGUUUGACUACCUCAAGAGCUUGGAAAUUGAGGAGAAAAUUAACAAAAUUAGGUGGUGCCAGUCGGCUUAUGGUGCUCUUUCUCUUUUGUCGACAAAUGACAAAACAAUCAAGUUCUGGAAGGUACAAGAGAAGCAGGUCAAAAAAGUAUGUGACUUGAAUGUGGAUUCCACCAAAGCCAUGGGAAAUGGUCCUAUUGUUGGUUCAAGUAUAUCAACAAGCUCCAAACAAUACAUGGCAAAUGGAGGAUGUACAAGCAAUGACUUUUCAUUGCCAAAUGGGGGUUUGCCAUCUUUGCGUUUGCCUAUGGUAACUACUCUUGAGACAAAACUUAUGGCCAGAUGUCGAAGAAUAUAUUCUCAUGCGCAUGACUAUCAUAUUAAUUCCAUAUCCAAUAACAGUGAUGGUGAAACUUUUAUUUCGGCUGACGACCUGCGAAUUAAUCUCUGGAACCUGGAAAUUAGCAACCAAAGUUUUAACAUUGUUGAUGUGAAACCUGCAAACAUGGAGGAUUUGACUGAGGUGAUAACUUCGGCAGAAUUUCAUCCUAUACACUGUAAUAUGUUAGCUUACAGUAGUUCAAAGGGUUCAAUUCGUCUUGUUGAUAUGCGACAGUCUGCGUUGUGUGAUAUCCACAUUAAAUUGUUUGAGGAACAAGAAGCUCCAGGCUCCAGGUCUUUUUUCACAGAUAUCAUAGCAUCAAUCUCAGACAUCAAGUUUGCCAAGGAUGGAAGACACAUACUAAGUCGUGACUACUUGACCCUUAAGCUGUGGGACAUAAAUAUGGAUUCUGGUCCAGUUGCAACCUUCCAAGUUCAUGAAUACCUUAGGCCUAAGCUUUGUGAUUUGUAUGAAAAUGAUUCCAUCUUUGAUAAAUUUGAGUGUUGUCUAAGUGGAGAUGGACUUCGAGUGGCUACUGGUUCCUACAGCAAUCUGUUUCGGGUGUUUGGUUGUUCUGAAGGUAGCAAGGAAGCAACAACACUGGAAGCCAACAAAAACCCCAUGAGAAGACAAGGUCUGACAGCAUCAAGACCUUCAAGAUCUCUUGGUAGUCCUUCUGGUGUUGUUAGACGAGGGAAAGGAGCAGAUAACUCAGCAGUUGAUGCAAAUGGAAAUACUUUUGAUUUCACAACAAAGUUGCUACACCUAGCAUGGCAUCCAACUGAAAACUCCAUCGCUUGUGCCGCAUCAAACAGUCUAUACAUGUACUAUGCGUGAAGAUGAUCCAAUGGAGCUAAUGUUUUUUUUCCCGGGCAGGGCUUUUGCUGAUUGCUUUUUGCUUUGCGCCUUCCUCUCUAAUUAAUGACGCUGAAGCUGCAGCGGUUUAUCACAAUACUCUUGGUGAUUUAUUGAAAUUUUCUAGGCUUAAGUAUAAAAAAAAAUCUCUUCAAUUAAAAUUAAAUAAUUGUCCAAGCCCCUAUCAUUUUAUUACAAUCAAUUAAACAUCUAUUUUUACUUAAUUGACCUCUAGAUUGGAUGGAAACUGAUGACACCUCUAAUCUAGGGCUCAAUUUGAUAGAUGUUUGAAAUUUUAAUUAACUGCAAUAAAAUGAUGUGGGCUUGAAUGAUCAUUUGGUUUUAGUUUGGGGACCUUUUGUUAUAUUUAAGCUAACUUUCUAUCAUGUCUAUCUUCCAAGUUCCAACACCAGAAGUCCAAUGUUGCUGUUGUUGAUUUGUGGAGGAGGUAAAUUGGUCCUUUCAUACACAUUUAAUAUUCUUUAUAGGGAUAGACACAGUGGUAUUCCCAGUCUGACUUUGUUUAGUGGGAGAAAAUAUGAUGAUUAGCACUCCGUCUACACUUAAACAACAGCUUUUCUAAUUAUGCUGGAAAUGGCAAUGGCGAUGACAAGGAAAAUGUUGCUGGGUUUUGGAGACCAAUGGGGAUCUUAAACCCAAAUUCCAAGGGGAAAAAAGAGCUAUACAGCCAUAGAAUUUGCUGUUUUCUGUUGGUUUUGGGAUGAAGUAGAAGCUCUCGUUAAAAACCAUUCUCUGUCUGACCCACGUUAUCUCCCGGGUUAUUUAUUUAUGAUUUUAUAUUAUAUUUUAGUUCUUGAUAUUAA